AUUUCAACAACACCCAGUCGAAAAUACAUGCCAGUUAUAGGACGUCGAAACAUCAAGCAUGGCAGAAGAAAGCAGCAACGAAUACACGCCUCUUGACUUGAGCAUGAAGGCUAAAGCAACACCAAGUACAAGCCGUGACGGUACCCAGGACGCUUCAUCUACUUUGGGCGCCUACACAACGAUUUCCGACGAGGGCGUGCGUUACCAGAGAAACACACCGCACACGCCGAUGACCGACGAGAUUUCCAACGUCGACGGUGCCGCUGAAAAUGGCGGCAGAAGUUGCCGACACCUGGGGUCCAUCAAGAGCAUCGAUAACCCAAGGCCCAGCACAAGCCGCGCUGGCAUGGAGGAAGCAGCAGCCAAUUCUGAAGACGGCACCCCGAAUGCUCGUGGAACCAGAGCAAGGGAACAGCGAGAUUUGUGCGGUGUCUGUGGGAAUCUUUCGAGCAGACGGGAUGCCUUAUACGGGCACACCAAGGAACACGUGGAUGACAGAGCCAACAUUUGCAAAGCAUGUGGUCAAGCGUACGUGAAGAAAUCUGAGUUCGUAGAACAUUGCGGCAACCAUACUGACAAAAAGCACAAAUGCGAGACCUGUGGUAAACAGUUCUGCCGGGCAGAUUACUUAACUGGGCAUUACCGCACGCACACAAAUGAGAGACCCUACAAAUGCCAAAUAUGUAACAAGUCGUUUCGGCGUUCUAGUCAUCUGGAAAACCAUAAGCGCACGCACACAGGUGAGAAACCGUACAUUUGCAAAACUUGUGGUAAAUCAUUCACGCAGGUGGCUCAUCUCCGUAAACAUGAGCACGCUCACGCAGAGGGGAAAUGUUGUGUGUGCCAAAAAUGUUCGAAAUCAUUCAAAAACAAAGAUAAUCUGAAGAGACAUGUAGACUCGCAAUGUGGAAACAAUGCUUUAGUUUGCGAAAUCUGCAAUCGAUCCUUUCUUAACAAUUCAAAUCUCCGUCGUCACCAGCGAGCAUGGCACGCGGAUAAAACACCGUAUGAGUGUACGAAGUGCGGAAGUCGAUUUGCAGACCAAGAAACACGCGAUAGGCAUGUGUGUCCGAAGGAAUGCAAUACGUGAACGUUGCCUUCUAGUUUUUCGAAAUUGCACAAGACAUCGUCGCCAGGAGUAUAUGGGGAGCUUUAAUGUCGAAAAAUACGGGAGGCCCUGGCCAGCGGUCACUGUUCCAUGAACUAUGCUGUUGGGGAACGUUGCGUUAUCAAACUGACUUCAAGACAAACCCUAAUAGGCUGCAAGAUUGUGUUUUGUGUAACUACACUGCUGAAAUGUCCACAAGAGAUCGUUCACCCCCAUUUGGUUAGAGAAACGCCUUGUGCAGUCCUUUUGACAGUGUACUAGUAAACAAGAUUUAAUGAACUAUAUUCGUAGUGAUUUUGCAGCCUAAGAAGAAUGGAAUAUCUCUCAUUAGGAAGCAUAUGAGAGAAGAGGUACUGUAUUAUAAUCAACUAAAACGUAAUGUCUGCCUUUAUAUGACGUCCAAAGGCCAAGUUGCCUUCGAGAGACAACACUCUCAGAUACUUUUACGACAAUGUAUAACUAUAUUGUACGCGUAUGAAAAUAAUUUGCUUGAAAUUUUUUUCAAUGCAUUGACUGUUCUUUCGCGCGUGUAUUCAUACCGCAGAUGUUUGUUCUAUACCAUAAGAUAAGCUGAUUACGGUACGGAGACUGAAUUUGAUUCAGAUCAUUUGGAACUUCACCAUAUAAUAUGGUCUCCCAGAAGGAAAAUUUUUAGUUUUAUUGAGACGGAACUUCUGUAGUUUAAUGGAUAGUUUUUUAUCUUCUUGGAAGCCGUCUGUUUUCAGACGGACUGCAAUCUAGCUGCAGCUGUAAAAUCUUUUUAGCCUGAUGUGACAAACGUUUAUGUGGAAAAAUUAUAAUAAAGGACUGACAUGACAA